AUGGCUACACAAGUUCAUGUCUUUGUCUUUGGUAAGAAAGAGGGCAUGACCCGUUAUUGCCUCACACGUGCUGAACCGAAUACUCUCGAUGAGGCAUUCGCCCUCGCACUUCGUGAAGAUUACACGGUCGCGAAGUCAUACUUCCAGGCAGCGUCGCAACGCCCGCGUACGUCUGGCCCAGAGCCAAUGAAAAUUGACGUUAUUGGUACAUCUCGUGGUCGCGGCAAGCAAUUUGGCCGCGACAUUCGAAGUCAAAACACGAUGAAGUGUUAUCGGUGCGGCAAAACAGGCCAUCUUGCGGCCGUCUGCCUAGGACCAGCGCCAGUGUCCAUUAGCACAGCUGUUUUACGUGAAGAUAUUGUGUCGUCGACGGUCCCGCCAAAAGCGAGCGGUUCCAGUAGGCGCGGGGCGCUCUACUGGCAUGAGGGAGCCCCGAGUAUUCAAGUGGCAGCUCGGACUCCCAGACCCCAAGUGAUCCAUACUCACCUCCAUGCCACCACCACGCGCGACGAUUCAAGACUGAUCAUCAUCAGUCUCGUCAUCGCUGGAGUAAACGAUCACUCCGAGCGUUUUACGGUUCGAGAAGGUCCAGGUGACAUCGUUGUCAAACUUGCUGAUGGACAACCACAGCGUGUCCCGCGUAAAACAGUGGUUUUGCCGUACACGUUCGACGGCUUCCAAAGUAAUGACGAAUUUUUGGUGUACGAGAUGAAUUAUGCAUUCGAUUGCAUCUUGGGGAUACCGUGGCUGUCACGGUAUCAGCCGACGAUAGACUGGCUAUCUCGGUCCGUCAAACGACGAAGCGGUUACGACGUAAGUGAAGUUUUCACUCAUCUGUUGGUAGCGCCAUCCGAUUGGCCUCACGUCAGGGUCGUGAACGAACUCGCCACGACUAGAAGUCAGCACAGAGAGAGCGAUGGCCCUCUGUGUCCGGUAUGUUCAGUCACAGUGAUAGAACCACAACACGAGGCGGUCGAACAGAGGUUCCCGCAAACACAGACAUCGGUCGAGCAGGGGCUCCCGAUUCACAACGAGACGGUCGAACAGAGGUUCCCGCACACACAGACAUCGGUCGAGCAGGGGCUCCCGAUUCACAACGAGGCGGUCGAACAGGGGUUCCCGCACACACGGACAUCGGUCGAGCAGGGGCUCCCGCAUACACACACAACGGCCGAGCAGAGGAUCCCGAUUGUAACCGAGGUGGUCGAGCAGAGGCUCCCACAUACAUCUGAGGCGGUCGACGACGAGCUCCCGCCUCUUAUCGACGAGAAUGAACGGGCUGUGGACUUAAAUGUGAACGACGUGGUGGAGACAGAGCUCCCACGUCUAGCGGGGGGGGGGUACUUCAUCCUCCAGCGACAGCGACGUUCCAGCCUCGAGCAGUGGCUCAAGACGCAAGAGAAAGCGUAA